GGGUUUGGAUCUGUUAUUACUUGCUUUCCCGAUAGUCUCACUUGGUUGCCAUACCUUGGAAAAACAUUAGGCGGCAGCACUAAGAAUCCCUUCUUCUGUUCGCUUCUAUGGUAUUGGAGGUAACACACGUGUUACUGUGGAGUGUUGCCGGGUCACACGUGUAUUUUUGGCCGGUCUUCCACCGUGUUGUUGCGUGGUUUGAGAACCAUGCCGAAACGACAGCAAAAAAGCCAGGAUGAAUGUUGUUCCAACCCAGAAUCAUCGGUGUCGCAGGUCGAGGGCGACCCCGGGAGCGAGGUGUCCGCUCCUGCUGCGAUGCGAACGCGGAGCGGCCGUCAGAUCCGAGCUCCCAGUUCCUUUCUGGACUCUGAAGCUCCAAGUCCGGCUAAAACUUCUAGGCUUCGUUUAAAGAGCGAUGUUCAGAGGGUCACUGAGUCCGAAUCAUCGGGCAAUACAGCAGCACCGCAGGAAUGCAUCACGAAUAUGGACACAGACACAGGCUCGGAAUCCGAAGCUAAAAUAAUCAGAAGCGACGCCAAUAAGCCCAGUAGUCCUUCAAAAGAGCCGCCGGUCGGAGUCGCUCCGGAAGCCACUGAACCAGCAGACUCAGCAGCAGACCCUGGGCAUGGGGGCAGUGAGAACGGAAGCAGCAUGUCUGUGAAGACAGUUAGUAACGCUACGAAACUUAGUGCUAAUUCCCACUCGGGGGGCAAGCAGGGCCACAUGAUACCCAUAGGGAAGCCCAAAUCCGGACGUGUGUGGAAGAACCGUAACAAGCAGAGGUUUUCUUCUCUGUUGCGGGACAAACCGCUGCGUUCCUCAUGGGACAAAAAGAUGGAGGCGAAACGAGAGAAGGAACUUGUGAAGAAAUAUGCCCAACAGCUGAAGGAGGAGAAGGCGCGAGAGAAGGAGGAGAAGAGGAAGCGAAGGGAGGAAAGCUUGAGAAGACGAGAGGAGAAUGAAAGGAAAGCGGAGAUCGUGCAAGUGAUCCGGAACCCGGCGAAAAUGAAGAGGAUGAAGAAGAAGCAGCUGAGGCGCAUAGAAAAGAGGGACACGCUGACCCUGCAGCAGAAAGCCGCACCCCGGAACCAAAGUGGCCCUCAGAAAGCAGCCGAGCGAAGCCAAUGAAAAGGAGCUGCGGGCUGUCAUGUGACCUAGGCAUGGGCUGUCAUGUGACCUAGGCAUGGGCUGUCAUGUGACCUAGGCAUGGGCUGCCAUGUGACCUAGGCAUGGGCUGCCAUGUGACCUAGGCAUGGGCUGCCAUGUGACCUAGGCAUGGGCUGUGCCGUGGCAGGGACAGUCCUGCGUGUCCCAUGUCGAUGCUGCACGCAGCUCCAGUUCUUUUAUCGGACAAUUUACUUCACCUGAGACAUCUCACCAGUAUGUGUCUGUGAUGCCAAACAAAUUGGUUGGUAUAAGAAAAAUAGUUCAGCUUAUAAUAACUAACACAACUUAAAAAAGAUAACUUAGUGCGAAAUCAUUGUUAUUUUACAAUGGAGAUAAUUAAAAUAUCUAUUCCCUUAUGUCAUAUUACGGUUUUAUUUUUAAUUUUUUUUUAAACUUCCUUGUGGAAAUUACCUUCACUCGAUUGUGUUUGAACUUGUAUGACUCAGUAAUAAUUGUCACAUCAGUUAAGCCAUGAAAGCAAUAAAAAAUACUUGUCAUA